AUGGAGGCCAGCAAUGGAGCCCCCGAAGUCGGGAACUGCAAAGGACCCAGUCUGUACUACAUCCUCAGGAGAAUUCAUACUCUCAACAAACAGUAUUUCAACUCCACCUCAAACAUCAAAAACUCAGUUUUACUUACAGUAUGCUGUAUGCAAAAAAAAAGGAAACCAUCAAACCCUGAAACCAAUUUAAGUUAUUGGAACAACACAAUUACUAUGGAUUACUUCAACAGGCAUGCUGUGGAACUCCCAAGAGAAAUCCAGUCUUUUGAAAUGUCAGAGGACCAUCUUUCUGAACUUCAAUCCCCUCUGAAUGGUGAUUAUGUAGACACUGGAAUGGUUCUUGUCAAUCCUUUUUGCCAGGAAACAAUUUUCUCAUCGAACACAGAUUUCCUUAGUUGUAGUCAUGUGAAAAAGAAACCUGACUAAAGCUGUGUUACCAUGAUACCUGUAUUAAGUAUAUACCUCAAACUUAAUG